AUGUGGGUGCCCGAGCUUGUCGGCUUCCGCUGCCCAUCUCCGCAAGUCCCACCACCUUCACCUCCUAAACCGAUCUUCCCACCCGUGAUUGAGCUGCCAUGCCAGCAGAACACACACUCACCCUCACUGCGCUUCUUGUACAACGCUGCUGCUGCCGCCGCUGCCUCCGAGGCGGGCCCAUUCUUGCACCCACUCUUGCUGCACGUCCACACACCCUGCGAAGAGUGCUUCGCGCUGCUCGCCAUGAGCAGGCUCUACCUGUUUCGCCUGUCCUUGCUGGUGCUGACACCAGCAUUGCAGCUGUGCAGACCCCUGCCGUGGGUGUACCCCCCCUUUGAAGAUCUGCUGCCUGCACGCUUGUGCUCAGAAGGUCAGCUCCUGCCGCAGACACAUGGCCUGUCAAGCAGCAACGUGAAACUUGCACCACGUGUGGACCAUUUUGCCGCAAUGAGACUGACCUGCUAUCUGUGUCAAGAAUGUGUUCCUGACCUUGCACCAGCACCAUAUGUCAGCGCCUAUCAGCUUGAUGGACCCUGUGGUGCACAGUAG